AUGGCUUCCGAGGAAGCCGAUUCCCGUUCCCGCCUGGCUCAGGUGCUCGCCCCUGCCCUUGAGAAGAUUGUGAAGAACGCCUCCUGGCGCAAGCACUCGAAGCUCGCCCACGAGUGCAAGUCCGUCCUCGAGAAGCUCACCAAGCCCCUCCCCUCCACGCCCGAUUCCGAGCCGGAGUCCUCCGUCCCCGGCCCCCUCUGCGAUGGCCCGACCGAGCUCUCCCUUGCUGACUCGGAGUCCUUCCUCAGCCCCCUCAUCAACGCCUGCAACUCCGGGAAUCUCAAGAUCGCCGAUCCUUCUGUAGAUUGCGUGCAGAAGCUCAUCGCCCAUGGGUACCUCCGCGGUGAGGCGGACCCCAGCGGCGGGCCAGAGGCAAAGCUGCUCUCCAAGUUGAUUGAGUCAGUGUGCAAGUGCCGCGAGUUAGGGGAUGAGGCGGUGGAGCUGUUGAUUCUGAAGACUCUCUUGUCUGCUGUGACUUCGAUAUCAAUCCGAAUCCAUGGUGAUUGCUUGCUAAUGAUAGUGAGGACCUGUUACGAUAUCUAUCUAGAGAGUAAGAAUGUGGUUAAUCAAACCACGGCGAAGGCGUCUUUGGUACAAAUGCUGGUGAUUGUGUUUCGGAGAAUGGAGGCGGAUUCUUCCACCGUCCCGAUUCAGCCCAUUGUAGUGGCUGAGUUGAUGGAGCCAGUUGAGAAGUCCGACCCUGACAAUUCGAUGACCCAGUUUGUGCAGGGGUUCAUUACGAAGAUUAUGCAGGACAUUGAUGUGGUCUUGAAUCCGGCAACACCGGGGAAGGGCCCACUUGCUGGUCAUGAUGGGGCAUUUGAGACCACCACUGUGGAGACCACGAAUCCUGCGGAUUUGUUAGAUUCAACCGAUAAGGAUAUGUUGGAUGCUAAGUAUUGGGAGAUUAGUAUGUAUAAGACUGCGUUGGAGGGGAGGAAAGGGGAGUUGGUUGAUGGGGAAGUGGAGAGGGAGGAUGAUUUGGAGGUACAGAUUGGGAAUAAGUUGAGGAGAGAUGCGUUCUUAGUGUUUAGAGCCCUCUGUAAGUUGUCCAUGAAGACGCCACCGAAGGAGGCCGUGGCGGAUCCGCAACUGAUGAAGGGCAAGAUUGUGGCUUUGGAGCUGUUGAAGAUCCUGCUGGAGAAUGCUGGGGCUGUCUUCAGGACAAGCGACAGGUUUUUGGGUGCCAUAAAGCAAUACCUAUGUCUAUCACUAUUAAAGAACAGUGCGUCAACCUUAAUGAUUGUUUUUCAGCUCUCUUGCUCCAUUUUCAUCAGCCUUGUAUCUAGAUUCAGGGCUGGACUGAAAGCGGAGAUUGGAGUGUUUUUCCCUAUGAUUGUACUUCGAGUACUAGAAAAUGUUGCGCAGCCUAACUUUCAGCAGAAGAUGAUUGUCCUUAAGUUCCUGGAGAAGCUGUGUGUUGAUUCCCAGAUUCUAGUGGACAUUUUCAUCAAUUAUGAUUGUGAUGUUAAUUCAUCUAACAUCUUUGAGAGAAUGGUGAAUGGACUUCUUAAAACUGCUCAAGGUGUUCCUCCGGGUACUGUUACAACUCUUUUGCCUCCUCAAGAGGUCACUAUGAAACUUGAAGCUAUGAAGUGCUUGGUAGAAAUCCUAAAAUCAAUGGGAGACUGGAUGAACAAACAGUUAAGGAUUCCAGAUCGCCAUUCUGCAAAGCAAAUUGAACCAGCAGAAAACAGUCCUGAAUCAGCCAAUCUUCCCUUGGAAAACGGGAAUGGAGAUGAGCCAGUUGAAGGGUCAGAUACCCACUCUGAGGCCUCUACUGAAGCCUCUGACGUCUCAACAAUCGAGCAGCGUCGGGCUUACAAGCUUGAACUCCAGGAAGGUAUUUCUCUUUUCAAUAGGAAACCUAAGAAAGGGAUUGAAUUUCUCAUCAAUGCAAAUAAAGUGGGAAAUUCACCUGAGGAAAUAGCGAGUUUUCUGAAAAAUGCAUCUGGGUUAAACAAGACACUGAUUGGAGAUUACUUAGGAGAAAGAGAAGACUUAUCACUUAAAGUCAUGCAUGCCUAUGUGGAUUCCUUUGACUUUCAAGGCAUGGAAUUUGAUGAGGCUAUUAGGGCUUUUCUACAAGGCUUCAGAUUGCCUGGUGAAGCACAGAAGAUUGAUCGAAUCAUGGAGAAGUUUGCUGAGCGCUAUUGCAAGUGCAAUCCAAAAGCAUUUACAAGUGCUGAUACGGCUUACGUUCUUGCAUACUCUGUGAUAAUGCUAAAUACCGAUGCUCAUAAUCCUAUGGUGAAAAAUAAGAUGUCAGCUGAUGAUUUUAUAAGGAAUAAUCGAGGCAUUGAUGAUGGCAAAGAUUUACCUGAGGAGUAUCUGAGAUCAUUGUUCGAAAGAAUAUCAAGAAAUGAGAUCAAAAUGAAAGAUGAUGAUCUGGCUUCUCAACAAAGGCAGUCUUUGAACACAAACCGGAUUUCGGGACUGGAUAGUAUCUUAAAUAUUGUGAUCCGUAAGAGAGGGGAGCAUAUGGAAACUAGUGAUGAUCUUAUUAGACACAUGCAGGAACAAUUCAAAGAGAAGGCUCGCAAGUCUGAGUCAGUUUAUUAUGCAGCUACAGAUGUGGUGAUUUUGAGAUUUAUGAUAGAGGUAUGUUGGGCUCCUAUGUUGGCUGCUUUCAGCGUCCCACUCGACCAAAGUGACGACGAAGUAGUCUUAGCUUUCUGUCUUGAAGGCUUCCGCCAUGCUAUUCACGUCACAGCCGCUAUGUCCAUGAAGACUCACAGAGAUGCUUUUGUGACUUCAUUAGCCAAAUUUACUUCUCUUCACUCGCCGGCUGAUAUAAAACAGAAAAAUAUAGAAGCUAUCAAGGCUAUAGUCGCAAUUGCCGACGAAGAUGGGAACUACCUGCAGGAAGCUUGGGAGCAUGUAUUGACUUGUGUAUCCAGGUUCGAGCACCUACAUCUCUUGGGUGAGGGCGCUCCACCUGAUGCCACUUUCUUUGGUUUUCCUCAAAAUGAGUCUGAAAAGUCAAAACAACCCAAGACAAAUAUCCUUCCUGUUCUGAAAAAGAAGGGACCUGGAAGAAUCCAUUAUGCAGCUGCUUCUGUGCUGAGAGGUUCAUAUGAUAGUGCUAGUAUUGGUGGCACUGCUUCUGGGGCAGUCACUUCUGAACAGAUGAACAGUUUAGUUUCCAAUCUAAACAUGUUAGAACAGGUUGGAAGCUCUGAAAUGAACCGUAUAUUCACACGGAGUCAGAAGUUGAACAGUGAGGCAAUAAUAGACUUUGUUAAGGCUCUCUGCAAGGUUUCCAUGGAUGAGUUGAGAUCCCAAUCUGAUCCCCGGGUCUUCAGCCUCACAAAGAUUGUAGAGAUAGCGCACUACAACAUGAAUCGCAUCCGGCUAGUGUGGUCAAGCAUAUGGCAUGUUCUUUCUGAUUUCUUUGUGACCAUUGGCUGCUCUGAGAACCUUUCAGUUGCAAUCUUUGCGAUGGAUUCUUUACGACAGUUAUCAAUGAAAUUCCUGGAGCGGGAAGAGCUGGCAAAUUAUAAUUUCCAGAAUGAAUUCAUGAAACCUUUCGUUGUCGUUAUGCGUAAGAGCAGCGCCGUUGAAAUCAGAGAGUUGAUUAUCAGAUGUGUAUCCCAGAUGGUUCUUUCUCGAGUCAAUAAUGUCAAAUCAGGAUGGAAGAGCAUGUUCAUGGUCUUUACAACAGCUGCGUACGAUGAUCACAAGAACAUCGUGCUCUUGGCUUUCGAAUUAAUUGAGAAGAUCAUACGAGACUAUUUCCCAUACAUCACAGAGACCGAAACAACCACUUUCACUGAUUGUGUGAACUGCUUGAUUGCAUUCACCAACAGUAGAUUCAACAAGGAGAUCAGUCUUAAUGCAAUUGCUUUUCUCAGAUUUUGUGCAACGAAACUAGCAGAAGGUGAUCUCGGGUCCUCAGCAAGGAAUAAAGAAAAGGAGACUUUUGCGAAGGUUUCUCCAUCUCCGCAAAGGGGCAAGGAUGUAAAGCUCGAGAAUGGGGAGAUUGCAGACAAGGAGGAUCAUCUCUAUUUUUGGUUCCCGCUGUUGGCUGGUUUAUCAGAGCUUAGCUUUGAUCCAAGGCCUGAGAUCAGGAAGAGUGCUCUGCAAGUACUGUUCGAGACCCUUAGGAAUCAUGGUCACCUCUUCUCUCUAUCCUUGUGGGAGAGAGUAUUCGAAUCAGUCCUCUUCCCAAUCUUCGACUAUGUACGUCAUGCUAUUGAUCCCUCAGGAGGAAACUCCCCAGGACAGGAGACUGAUGGAGAUUCUAGCGAACUUGAUCAGGAUGCAUGGCUCUAUGAGACUUGCACCCUAGCCCUCCAAUUAGUGGUGGAUCUCUUCGUCAAGUUCUAUAGCACAGUGAACCCCCUCUUGAAGAAAGUCCUCAUGCUUCUUGUGAGUUUCAUCAAGCGGCCUCACCAGAGCCUCGCUGGGAUUGGGAUCGCUGCAUUUGUCCGGUUGAUGAGCAAUUGUGGGGAUCUAUUCUCUGAUGAGAAGUGGCUAGAAGUGGUUCUAUCAUUGAAAGAAGCUGCUAAUGUUACGCUUCCUGAUUUCGCUUUCAUUGGAGAGAGCACUGUUCACAGCCAUGAACAACUACCUGUAAAUAGACUCAGUAAUGGUGAGUCUGCCGACCCGAGAAUGCCGGAUGCUGAGGCAGAGAACCUUCAGAUGCAGCAUUUGUAUAAUUCCAUUUCUGAUGCAAAGUGCCGAGCUGCUGUUCAACUACUACUGAUUCAGGCGGUGGUGGAGAUCUACAGCAUGUAUCGAUCAAACCUCUCCCCAGAUAACACACUAGUCCUCUUCGAUGCGAUGCACGACAUUGGUUCCCAUGCCCACAAGGUCAACACUGAUGCAACCCUCCGAUCGAAGCUGCAGGAAUUUGGCUCGAUGACCCAAAUGCAGGAUCCCCCUUUACUCCGCCUUGAGAACGAGUCCUUCCAGCUGUGCCUCCAAUUACUGCAGAAUCUGAUACUUGACGGGCCACCAUCUUACGAUGAGGCAGAGGUGGAGGUCCACCUGGUCGAACUCUGCCAGGAAGUCCUAGAGUUCUAUAUCAACACGGCUCAGUUUGGACAGAGGACGGAGUCAUCAUCUUCAUCAGGGGAUAGCCUGCGGUGGAAUGUUCCUCUGGGCUCAGGGAAACGGAGGGAACUAGCAGCACGCGCCCCUCUAAUUGUGGCCACUCUACAGGCAAUUUGCAGCCUGGGGGAGGGGUCGUUCAAGAAGAACUUGAGUCGGUUCUUUCCUCUACUGUCGGGCUUGGUAACCUGCGAGCACGGGUCUAACGAAGUUCAGGCAGCUCUCAGUGAGAUGCUCAAGUCGUCGGUGGGACCUGUUUUGCUCAGAUCCUGUUGAUGGUUGGGUUGGGGGUAGUAUGUUUGUCUUCAUAUUUAGAUUUGUAUGAUAUUUUUGUUUCGACUUAGUUUAUGUUUCUUUGAGGGUAAUUUGCCUGUAAUAGUUCUUUUUAUAUCUUUAAUAUUUCUUCUUUUUUCCUUUUUUGGGGGUCCGGAAGGAAAUAUAGUUUUUAUAGGGACAUGAUGAAGAGAGGGAGGUCAUUCUGUUGUACUGGACGGGGCUCUUGAUUUUUCAUAUGCUGUUAAUUAAGAAUUCACAAUGAUGCAUUCAGGGUC